AGGUGUAACCUUGAACUUACUGAUUCAGAAUAAUUCUAAGGCCAUCAUGCAGCCUCGAAUAUAUAAAUACGAUUCUACAGAAUCAACUAUUGACAGUGUUAAACUGUACGUUGUUGACAAAUAACAAUAUUUAUUUUCUUCACAUAUAAUUCAUACAUAAAAAUGUACAUCAUUUUCUUAAAUCUCCUACUUUUGUCAGCGUGCAUUUUUGCCGAAAUUCCAUCUUACAUCAAAAUCUGUGGACGUCGAAAUCCUGAAUUAGACAAAUGCAUUCUUAAUUCUGUCGUAGGAAUGAGAGAGAAACUCAGAGAAGGCAUUCCAGAAUUCAAAAUUCCUUCCAUAGAACCAAUGUAUAUUGAUCGUGUUGCAUUGGCUGAUUUACCAAAUUUUAAAGCAUUUGCUCGCGACGUUAAACUAUAUGGUCUUUCUAAUUUCAUAGUAAACAGUUUGCAUUCAGAUUUGGAGAAAAAUACGUUCACAGUUGAAGUAACAUUUAAGGAGGUAACGCUUAAAGCAGAUUACGAUGUUAAUGCAAAAAUUCUUGUGCCAGUUGCUGGAACGGGACCUAUUAAUAUAGUUGCAAGUGAUGUUUCAGCAAAAGUUAUUAUGUAUUUUAAAGUAAUAGAGCGCAAAGGAAAGCAAUACGUAUUUUUCCCUUCAAUGAGUACGAAAUUACAUAUAAAAGAUUAUACAUCAAAGUUUACACCAAAGGAAGGACCGGACAGUACACUAUCUUCAGCAAUUAAUGCAGCUUUAGAGAAUAGCCGUCAAGAAAUUAUUGACAGUACAACACCAAAUUUAGAAAAGAAAAUUACAGAAGACAUUCUACAAAUUGCUAAUAAAAUUUGCAAAUUUUUCACAUAUGAUGAAUUAUUUCCCGAUCGUGAAUAAUAAUAAUAUGAAUUAAAAUAAUAAAAUUUAUUAAAAGUGCCUGUAAAUGAUUUAUACAUCUAAGUUACGUAUUAUAAUAGAAAAUAUAUUAAUAUUUAUAUUCUUAGGGAGUACUAAUUAUUAAGAAGAAUUUUAUAUUCAAAGAAU